AUGGCUCCUCAGGUCCACAAUCUGCAGGAGCUCCGGCGAAGUGCCUCCCUGGCCACCAAGGUCUUUAUCCAGAGAGACUACAGCGAAGGCACCAUCUGUCAGUUCCAGACCAAAUUCCCUCCAGAGCUGGACAGCCGGAUUGAACGGCAGCUCUUUGAGGAGACUGUGAAGACUCUUAACAACUUCUACGCAGAGGCUGAGAAGAUUGGAGGCAGCUCCUACCUUGAGGGAUGCCUGGCCUGUGCCACAGCCUACUUCAUCUUCCUCUGCAUGGAGACCCACUAUGAGAAGGUUCUCAAGAAGAUCUCCCGCUACAUCCAGGAACAGAAUGAGAAGAUCUUUGCACCUCGAGGUCUUCUGCUCACAGACCCCGUGGAGCGUGGCAUGAGGGUUAUCGAGAUCUCCAUCUACGAGGACCGGUGUAGCAGUGGCAGCUCCAGCAGUGGCAGCAGUAGUGGCAGCGGUGGCAGCAGCGGCGGCGGGGGUGGCGGGGUGGGGUCCCGGUGA